GAGGCUGGCGAGCCUGUGCUCGCCCGCAUGACCUACGUGGACGAGGAGACGUGCAUCGGGUGCAAGAAUUGCGCUCUGGUGGCGCGCAACACGUUCGUCAUGAAUGACGACUUCGCUGGCAAGGCUCGCGUAUUCUCGCAGGGCGGCGACAGUGAAGAUCUGAUUGACGAGGCCAUCGACACGUGCCCGGUGAACUGCAUCCAUUACGUGUCGUUCGAGGACCUCGUCACUCUGGAGAGCGAGCGA